AGUUAAUUACGCUCAAACCCCUCCACUUGCAGCAAAAUCUACGCAAACAAACGUUCACAGUCGCAGAUUCAAAGCCAGCAACAACACAGAGACAAGUCAUAGAAAAGGCCUGAAAAAAUGGGGAAAGAUCUGAGCAAUGACCAGGUUUCCUCCAUGAAAGAAGCCUUCACACUUUUCGAUACCGACGGCGACGGCAGGAUCGCCCCGUCGGAGCUGGGAAUUCUGAUGCGUUCACUCGGAGGAAACCCGACUCAGGCGCAGCUCAAAUCCAUAAUCGUCGAGGAAAAUUUGAAUUCUCCUUUCGAUUUUAAUAGAUUUUUGGACCUGAUGUCCAAGCAUUUGAAGCCUGAGCCGUUUGAUCGCCAGCUAAGGGAUGCGUUCAAGGUGCUGGACAAGGAUGGGACUGGGUAUGUUGUUGUUUCGGAUCUCAGGCAUAUUUUGACAAGUAUUGGGGAGAAAUUGGAGCCCUCGGAGUUUGAUGAGUGGAUUCGGGAGGUAGAGGUUGGAUCCGACGGCAAGAUCCGGUACGAGGACUUCAUUGCCCGCAUGGUUGCCAAGUGAGAAGAAAUUUCUCCCGCCAAUGUAAUCUGAAGGGUUGUACUGUGCAUUUGGAUGAGCAGGAAGCUGACUUUUCUUUUUAUAACGUAGAUUUUUCAUUUGGCACGCAGAAGUUCAUAUACCCACGUAAUUCUGUUAUUUUACCUUUUGUUCGUUGGCAGACAAUUUUUUGUUUGGAAGUUCGAAGGAAUAUUAUGUUACCCAUUGUCACUAGAAUUUAGGACUUGCUACAAACAACCCUUAUCAUAUUGGUGAAAGCGUGUGUAUAGUUCGGAUGAUUUUAAACUUUGUGCUGCUUGUUUCUUGAAAUCGUGUGUAUUGUUGAGUUGAUUUAAACCUAAAGAUGAGUGCUGCUUGUUCUUGAUCUAAUAUUUUUCUAGGUUCUUUCA